AUGAGUCAAAAGGAGUACCUGCUGGGCGACCGCAGCUUGGGGGCGGGGCCCGUCGCCUUCUCGCUGAUGGCCAGCUUCAUGUCGGCCAUCACGCUACUCGGCGUCAGCUCCGAGAACUUCGUGUACGGCGCGCAGUUCGUCGCCAUCAACCUGGGCUACGGGCUGGUCACCCCUGUGGCUGCCUACCUCUUCCUGCCCGUUUUCUUCCGCCUCCAGGCUGCCAGCGCCUACCAGUACCUGGAGAUGCGCUUCGGCGUGGCGGCCCGGCUGUGCGCCAGCAUUGCCUUCUCGCUGCAGAUGGUGCUCUACAUGGGCAUAGUGCUGUACGCGCCAGCGCUCGCCAUCCGCGCCGCCACAGGCCUGGAUGAGAACGCCUCCAUCCUGGCCGUGGGGCUCAUCUGCACCUUCUACUCCACCAUCGGCGGCAUGAAGGCCGUCGUCAUCACCGACGUCUUCCAGUCUCUAUUAAUGUUCGCAGCAGUGUUCCUGGUCAGUAUUAAAGGUUCCAUUGAUGCAGGAGGCUUCGACAAGGUGUGGGAGAUAGCCACCACUGGGGGCCGUGCAGACUUCUCCAGCAUUUCUGCUGACCCCACGGUGCGCCAUACAUGGUGGUCGCUCAUCAUUGGUGGCGGCUUCACCUACCUGUGCCUGAAUGCCGUCAACCAGACGCAGGUUCAGAGGCUGCUCUCUACCAGGGAUCUGGCAACGGCACAGCGCGCUCUCUGGUGGUCAUGGCCGCUACUUAGUUUGCUCAGCCUGACCACUUCAUUCGCUGGUCUGGCCAUGUACUCCUACUACUACACCUGUGACCCACUCACCAGCAAGAGGAUCGAGAGGCUAGACCAGCUGAUGCCAUUGUAUGUGGUGGACACAAUGAGCGGCAUGCCGGGCUUGCCGGGCCUCUUCAUCGCUGGCAUCUUCAGUGGUUCCCUGAGCACCGUCUCGUCGGCCGUCAACUCGCUGGCUGCCGUCACAUUGGAAGAUUACUUUAAGAUGAGGCCUACUCCACUGUACGUGCGGUACCGGGGCCACCCACUGGCGGAGUCGCGGUCGCCACUUGUGGGGAAGUUGCUGGCACUGAUGUUCGGACUGCUGUUCCUGGGACUGGCCUUCAUGGCGCAGUUCCUGGGUGGCGUGCUGCAGGCCAGCCUCACGAUAUUCGGCGCUGUCGGCGGACCCGUGCUCGGCUUCUUCUCACUCGGCAUGUUCCUGCCCCACGCCAACGAGCCGGGAGCCAUAACGGGCCUGGCCACAGGGCUCGCCUUCUCCAUGUGGGUCGGCUUCGGCGUCCCUCGGCCGGACGCAGUAAGGCUGCCCACCAGGACGGAUGGCUGUGACUUCAACGUUACGGCCACACCGCCGCCGCCCACCCAGGACCCCAGAUAUUUUGCUAGCUGGUAUGUAGUGGGUCAUCUAAAGCCACCGUGUCCAGCUGUAUGA